UACGAUUACCUUAUUAAUUUUUGAUUACUAGCCUAUGUGAUAAUGUUUUUUAUCAGAAUUUUUUUCUAGGCAAAUCGUAACUAUUGCUUAUUUUCUGAUUUAUUUAUUUAUGGGGAGAUCAAUUAUAAACUACUUCCUCAAGUAAAAUUCUUUUGAUUGAAUAAAUUGAUGUUUACUAUAAAUAUUUCUCAGGUAAUUUACAAAAACAAGUUUGAGUACAUAGCAUACUUUUUAACAACGAUUUGAUUAUUUUUCUAUUAAAUAUUCGUUAAUUGGGACUACAAAUUGGGUAAACGAGAUACAAAAUCACAAGGUUCAAUAUUUUUUUUGUUUAGAUUAUCUUAUGUCCUGUUAAUGAGUAGCACAAAUUUAUAUGAUAUUAAUAUAUGUGUAUAUAUAUACAGAUUCACAUACUUCCAUUUCCAUACCAGUUUAUAUCUUUUUCAUCAUUAAAAAUCUAGAAGUCUCUCCUUAGAAACCCUAAAUUAUAAAAUAAAGAAUAUGGUGAAGAACGUGAAACUCCUACUCUUCUUCAUCUCCAUCUCCCUCCUCCUGAUCGCCGUUGCUGAAGCCCAGGAUGGCCACGAGGGCCAUUCUCAUUCAAGAAACCCAAAAUGCGAAUGCUCACACGACCACGACCAAGAAAACAAAGCUGGAGCUCAAAAAUACAAGAUCGCUGCCGUUCCUUCCGUUCUAAUAGCCGGAGUAAUCGGAGUUCUUUUCCCUCUCCUAGGCAAAGUCUUCCCUUCUUUGCGUCCUGAGACACCUUUCUUCUUCGUCACGAAAGCCUUUGCUGCAGGAGUGAUCCUAUCUACAGGGUUUAUGCACGUCUUGCCUGAGGCUUACGAGAUGCUUAACUCGCCGUGCUUGACUUCAGAAGCAUGGGACUUUCCUUUCACAGGAUUUAUUGCGAUGGUCGCUGCGAUAUUGACGUUAUCAGUGGAUACAUUUGCCACUUCGAGUUUCAAUAAAUCUCAUUGCAAUGCGUCGAAGACGAUCCCUGAUGGAGAAUCUGGCGAGCUGGUCGUUGACUCUGCCAAGGUGCAGAUGCUUCGGACAAGAGUUAUUGCACAGGUAUUGGAGCUGGGAAUAAUAGUACACUCAGUGGUAAUUGGAAUAUCACUUGGAGCUUCACAGAGUCCAGAAGCUGCGAAAGCUCUCUUUAUUGCCUUGAUGUUUCAUCAAUGCUUCGAAGGUCUUGGCCUUGGUGGUUGUAUUGCUCAGGGCAAAUUCAAGUGUUUGUCAGUAACAAUAAUGUCGACUUUCUUCGCGAUAACAACUCCAUUAGGUAUCGUUGUUGGAAUGGAAAUAGCGAAUACGUACGAUGAGUCUUCUCCAACGGCUCUGAUCGUACAGGGAGUUUUGAACGCUGCAUCCGCAGGUAUUCUCAUCUACAUGUCUCUGGUGGACCUUCUCGCAGCUGAUUUUAUGCAUCCCAAAAUGCAAUCCAACACUGGACUUCAAAUAAUGGCACAUAUUGCUCUUCUUCUUGGUGCUGGCCUCAUGUCUAUAUUGGCCAAAUGGGCAUGAUUAUUUUCUUAUUCAACACUCAAUUAUUUGUUCUUUUUGUCAAGCAUUUGUUCUUGUUUCUCCUUUAAUUAUUUUUUUGAAAUCUCUAUUUUCUGGCCCACUUCAUGUCUACAUGAGAAAAAUUAUUUGAAUUAUGUAUAGUUUAUUCAUGUCCCAGAAAAGUAAGAAGCCCUGAUUUGUUUCUUGAAUGAGUGUGACUUGUAAUGACCUUAUGUUAUAUUUA